UGAGGCCGGGCGUACGGCGCGCGGAUUUUGGCGCGUAGUUUUCCGAAAAAGAAAACUCAAAAACCAUGUGGCAAAAACAUUUUCGGAGUGCGUACUGUGUGUGACAGUGAUUAGGAGUGAAAGUGUACAAACGAUGUUGGAAACAUGCCAUUCGUUCAGCGUUUUGUCGAGCCGAAAUAUUUAAGUCGAACGAAUCUCUUCGACGAGGAUGGUAAUCCGAGAGUUUCGGACGACGAGCUGCAAGCCGUCACCAACAACACCCUCUGCAAUGCCCUCAGGCAGCUAGCUUCGCUGGUACUAGUGGCCGACGACAUCUUCACGAACCUCGGAGGUCAGCUUCAGAGUAUAAACAAAAGGUCCGAAUCUGUGAAGGUGAAAAUUAAUGCCCUCGAAGAGAAGGUCACUAAGUUCGACCCCAAGGAAGUCACAGUUCCUGAGAGCGAUAUCUGUUCGUUCGCCCUGCUGAAGAACCAUUAUGCGGCGAAGCAACAGCCCGACGUCGGCCUGUUUAGGCCCGAAACUCGACCCGCCGCCCUCGAGGCACUCUACAACGCCGCCACCAAGACGCCGGUGCACCUCAUGCGCCAGCUGGACCGCUGGCGUCGCGAUGGCCACCGCACCUCGCGGUUCUUCCUCUGCACGCCCGUACUGGGUGCCAAGAGAAGGAAGAUCCGCAGCAACGUGGAUAUCGACAUUGAAACCAGGAUGCCUGCCGCCGUAGAGGAGUUAAGGAGGUGGACAUCGGACGAGGCUUUGGGCGACGUCACCGUAACUCCGGAUUGCGCAAGCCGCAUCGCGCCGACCAUGGCCAUCGCAGCCGUCACGGAUGGAGACACUACCGACGGGACUAUCGUAUCCGACGACGAAGGCAUCGACCACAAGCUACCGUCCCCUGAGGAACAACUGCAAGUCGUCGCUCUCCGGUUCCCUGCUGAAAUUGUGGCGGUGGACGUGUCGGGGAGGAGCUUCGACCGGAUGUCUAUCCAGAGGCGAUCUCUGAUGCAUGUCGAUCCAGGCGACAAAACGGUAGAUGGCGUCGCCAGCAUGAAGCGCUCGAAGACGAGGAACCGCAGGCCGCGCAGCAGGAGAAGAAAUACCCUGGCCGGGACCGAUCAGAAGGAGAUUCACGACGCUCUUACGGCAGGGGAGGAUGAGGCGUCCUCACCAACGCUUAACCACGAGUCCGAAGCUUCAGGCGCGGGCGUCGUAUGCAGGAGCAAGAGUACGGAUCUCUUGCGUCCGAUGACUAAAAAGGAAUCGCCCGAAAGCAAAAAGUCCCACUUUAACACAUUGAAGCGAUGGGGAAAGAACAGAUACGAGAAAUUCAUGAACAAAAGCACGGAUUCCAAAUCGGAAACCGCCAAAAGCAGGGAUGAGGAUAUCGACGAUUUUCGAAUCUACGAAACCGUCGCCAGCAGAAAGAGGCGAGACAUCGAAAAAGAGCGAAAGAGCCACGAACGCAACUCGUCGAUCUCGUCUUCCGACAAGUCUAGUAUUAACCUACCAGUGACCAAUAGUCUCUCUUCCGUUAUCAACGUAGCGGUAAAACUGAGGGAGAGUUCGGCGCAGCGCCGCCAAAGGAGGAACGGUAGCAAAGACGAGCCCCACUCGUCCAGCGGCAACUGGAGCGCUAGUUCGGAGAGCGGACGGGCAUCUAUCGGUUCCGAGAUCACUUCGACCACUCACCCCAAGUCCACGACGUCGGCGACUACGUCGAGCAACUCGCUCAACCACCAGCCCAGUUCGGUAAAUAGCAGGAGAAGAUUCAAUGCCAACACGUCGACAUCCAGCAGCGUAACUAGUGAAGGAACGCUAACUCCCGACAUUAUCAACGAUUUACACGAAGACGGCGAAACCAGCUCCAUAUAUUCCUGCGACACGGAGGGUUACUACACCUCGUUCCAUAUGGACAGCGGCCUGAAAACCCUCAAGGAAGAGGAUACGCCACCCACUCCGUUACAUUCCAGCACGGCGUUUUCCAACUCCAGUUCAAACAACACGGUGCUGUCCGCGGAGAACGAGUACGAACUUUUCGGCAAAGGCUCCACCUCGACAACCACCAGCUCCGCCGGAACAGUCUGUACUACCCUCAGAGCAUCGGGGAGCAACAAGUCUUUGCCGGUGGGCCCAGCAGUUCCAGAAAGAAAAAGUUCUUUGUCCAAACUGUCGAAUAGGUCCGCCGAGAGCUCUCUAGAGAGAGACUUCAGCGAUAAGACCGGCACGGUAAAACGCAGCCCCGGAAGCACGAAGCCUGCUUUAAUUCACAAGAAGGGCCAGGGAGACGUGUCGCCCGACAGCGGCCACAAUACCUCUAGCUCUCCCAUAGAAUCCAUAAGUAGCCCGAAUGGCGUCAGGAGCGGAUCGGAUUUCGAAUUUUCCGAAUCCUCAGACAUGGAAGGCCCGGAGAGGAUAGAGAGGAUUCGCGUCAAGACCACGAUCAAUUCCAGUAGAAUACCGUCCAUGUGCGUGAUUACGCCCCCUCAUAGUGACGACGAAAGCGUCCACAGCAGCGGAUCCUCGCAAAAGAACUACCAGAAACGACUCGAAGAGAAAAAUAAUCUGAACGAGAAACUGGGGUCUGGAAAUAUUACCAAGGAAGAAGUGGAUAUGUUUCUGGGCCAUAACGUUGAUUUGCAAAUAGCAGGUUCUUUACAUCGUAAAAUUAUAUCCACUAAUGUCAACGGAACCAACAGGUUCUCUUUAGUCAACGUAAAUCCUAUGUCGGGCUACGCAACCGUGGAACCGAUAGAUCGACCUGCCAGUCCCGUCGCUGCCAAGAAAAUAGGCAUUAAUCAAAAUACAGCGACGACUGCCAAAUCCGUUCGUGCGCCCAGUCCCAGCGGAGGAACGGUCACCGUCAAAGAGGAACCUCCGAGCAAGUCGCCAUCCGCACAGCCCAUUAUAAAGUCGUCUUUGCUUCCGCUAAACCACGUGUUCGGACGCCUGAAAACCAACCUCGCAAAUUUCGCUCAAAAACGGGAGAGAAGCAGAUCCCCAGUUCCGAACAGAGAUCAGGAGCCUAUGGACGACGCCCUGCUCGAUUCCGGAGAGUACGUGACUAUCGCCGAUGUAAGAAACAACAACGAAAAGGCCGCCGGUGAAGUGACUUACGCCAACGACGUAAUCAACAAGAACCUAAACAGCGUCUUGUCGGGGAAAGUCCGAGAUGCGGAAUACGUGAGUUUGAACGAGCUCCCUAGCACGGAAAACGAUAACGUAGCGAACGUCAAUUUGGAUUCCUUGGAACGAAAAAGGCAAGGCGCGCGAGUUACGCUCGACGCAGAGGGUAAGGUUGUGUACAGCUCCGACAGUCUGAGGCGUCGAAAAGGAGCUCAUUCCACCUUCGAACCGGGGCCCCACGUAAAACCAACCGCCAGUCCCAGUCCGAGCCCAGUUCCGACGCACAGAAUGCCGAAAUCCAUCAGGCCAGUGGCCAAUACUCACAACCCGACGUUGGCGGCACCAGUGGAAUUCAACAGACCUCUGUCGCCUCAGUCCGGCAAAUACGUGAUCCGCGCGUCCUGCGCCACCGCAGAGAUAAUCCGAAUGCCUCCGUCCACAAUCGUUGCCCCUAACACGCGCCCCAUGUCUCCGAAAUCUUUCAACAGAGGCGCGUACGUUCACAUCCAAGACGCUGGAAGGCCCCUGUCCCCUACUCAGGAAAAAGAACGAGUACCGUCUCCAGCCAGCAGCAGCAGCAACCGUUCACUAAACACAAAUACAAUACCUGGCAGUUCCGAAUCGCAAUCGCUUAACACAAGAGACAUGUACCGCUACCAAGAACCCAUUGAAACUGACAUGGACAACCGUUACCUCUCCACCCAGUACUACCUACAACGAGGGAGCAACUUGUACUCCACUUUACCUUCAAAAAAGACUCAAUUCUUUGCCAGUGAGUACAAAACCGAAAGGUCAGUCACUCCCGAUAUCACCAGAGGAUUAGAGAGGAACCACAACACUCAGGGCGAUUAUGAACACUUAAAGAUAAAUUACCAGCAUUCAUUGCCGAGAAACUUUUACAAAACAGAUCAUGGCCUACUUAACCAGAAACUUGGAAUACCUGUACGGGUCCCAGAAGUAGACAAGUUAAAUAUACAAAACGUGCCUUUAGUUUAUCCUACAGGUGAUGCUCCAACAAACAUGAGACCUCAGAAUGAUUGGAGAUAUCGUUACAAGUCACAAGAUGCAAAACCGUUUGACGACAGUGAUGAAUCAUUCAAAAUAUCACCCAUAGAUCCUAGACAUUCAAGAGGGUUUCAGUCUUCGACACCAUCGUCAAAAGCUAUUGACCUUAAGGCUGCUAUAAACUUAGAGGACAAAUUGAUGUCACCAAAGAAAUCUACCAUGUCAAAUGAAGAGCUGUAUGCUGUGAUUCAUAAAAGUAAGAAGAGGAUGAAUAUAGAAACUGAAAACACACCGAGAUCUUCCCCCGUCACAGUUGGCACCGAGACGCCACCCAAACAAAUCAUAAAAAGUCCCGAAACAGGGUAUUUAGGAGAUAAGUCCAGAUCCCGGCUUAGCUGGUCACCUAAUAAAGGAGAUUACGUAGACUUUAACUCGGAUAUCGAUAAAUUGUCUCCACCAAAUGAAUCAAGAUCAAGGCAAAGUUGGGCGUGUAGUGAAAGGAAAGGUCAGAAAUCCAAACAGACGUCCACGAUAGACUUUAAACGGUUACUCUUGCAGAAAUCUUCCAGUAGCACCCCAAGGAAACUGUCUGCAGUGGAACAACUGAAGCUGUCGAAGCAGCAAAUCAAACCUCCGCAACCCAAAACGCAGCCGGAGAUGAGCAUUUUAGAUUUGAGUGGAUCCCCCAGGGGUUUAGUGAACAGAAGGAUGUUAAAUUCCGUACCAGGUUCACCGAGCAGAGACUUGAAGCCUGCACCCAAAAUAUUGUCACCGAGAUCGCAAUGGAGAUUCGCAAGCCCAAGAAGUGACGUUCUCUCUUCUACAAUACUGGAAGAUUGUAGGGAAGAUGAGACCUCUACCAGUUACGGAGAAAAAAAGCAACCUUCACCCAAAUCAGAUAAUACUUUCAAUUCGAAUUAUGUAAAUAAUGAAAAUUUACUUGACGAUAUCCAAAACGAUCCACGAAACAUAUCAAUAUUAUCUGCUGCUCAGAGGCUGCAAGCUCAAAGAGCUCAGUUUUUCAACUCUACGCCUACUAUUGAGGAAAAUCGGUCUAGAAUUCAAGAAAAGCCAUCCUGUCCACCUACAUUAGAAACUGCGUUUUAAUUUUGAGGGUGAUUACAUAAUUUAUUUUUGUACAUAGUGUUUUAUCGAUUUAUUUUAUUUAUUCAAUAAUGUCUAGUCGACGAGCCGUUAUAUAUUUUUCACUUUUAUAUCACAUGAAAUAUCACGGUUGUAGUGUACAAUUUUUCUGUACAAACUUGUGUUGUAUAUAAUAAUAUCUGUUUUGGCGAGGCUUCCAAUUAAUAUAUGUAGCAAAGUUGCCUUAAAUUAUUGUAAAUCUUAAUAUAUACCGAUUUUUGUAAAUAAACAUUUAGAU